AUGACUGAAGAAAAUCAACAGAGCAAGUCCCCUGAAGAAACACCAGCUGAAGCAAUACCAACCUUGCCAAGAAUGUACGGGAUGGAACCAAAUCCUGCUGCAAAAACAACAUGGCCCGAGUUAGUUGGGCUAACAGCGGAAGAAGCUGAAAGAAGGAUCAAGGAGGAGAAACAAGGUGCUCAAAUUCAAGUUGUUCAACCUGAUUGCCUUGUUACCAUGGAUUUUCGACAGAAUAGAGUAAGGUUACAUAUUGACUCGUUGGGUAAAAUUGAGAGAGCUCCUAGAACUGGCUAA